GUUGAGACGGGACGUGGUGUUUUCGUUGUGAAAUCCAUGAGCCGAUGCGAGGUCUUCAAUCUCGGUUGUGUGUCUGUCUGGCACAGGCUCUCGCUUCGGCGUUAGCUUAUUAGCAAGCGUUAGCUUCUUGGCUAAGCCCGCUGCCUGUGUUCAUAGUGUUUUCUGCAGCAAACUCAAUUAGACUGCUCAGACAGCGGGCUUGCAAGAGACUUAUUGCAAUGUUGUCCGCUGUUUCUAUUUGGUGGUGGUAUGGUCACAAAUACGUGUGAUGUAAAGUAAAAUGUAGCGUGCACAAUACUUUCAUAUGUCAUUGUUUUUUGUGCUGAGUGAGCGGGUGGCCGUGCAUACAACACCGGACUAAGUUCGCCAGUUACAGCAAGAACGUAGUUAGCAUGCUAACUGUUUAGCUGCAGGCUAGUCUGGCUGGUUGGGCGACGUUGUCAGAAUAUACGAGUGAGUCAGGACAGUUCUCACCAUGUGUUUUAGCGGGCUGUUAACCGUGUUUGUUGUUGUAUUAACCAUGCCUCCGUGCUACCUGCUACGUUAGCAGGGAGAAGUGGAUGAUGCUUAAAGGUUUCCUAGGAUUACCGUCUUGCAGCAAUGGCCUGAGGGACUCUCUGGACUGAAACCAAGACGCUGAUAUGCAUUGAGGAUGAGUGGAGUCGGUGAAAACUCAUCUGACCCUGCCAGGGCAGAGUCACGGAAACGCAAAGAAUGUUCUGCCGAGCUUCUAGGACCCAGUCCAAAGCGGAGCAACGAGAAACGCAACCGCGAGCACGAGAACAAAUACAUCGAAGAGCUCGCCGAGCUGAUCUUCGCCAACUUUAACGACAUCGACAACUUCAAUGUCAAGCCUGACAAAUGUGCAAUCCUGAAGGAAACUGUGAAACAGAUCAGACAAAUAAAGGAGCAAGAAAAGGCUGCGGCAGCAAAUGAGGAGGAGGUACAGAAGGCUGAUGUCUCAUCAACAGGCCAAAGUGUGAUUGAUAAAGAUGCCUUGGGACCAAUGAUGCUGGAGGCCCUGGAUGGCUUUUUCUUUGUGGUGAACAUGGAGGGGAACAUCGUGUUUGUGUCUGAGAACGUGACCCAGUAUCUGCGUUACAACCAGGAGGAGCUGAUGAACACCAGUGUCUACAGCGUGCUGCAUGUCGGGGAUCACGCAGAGUUCAUCAAGAACCUGCUGCCCAAGUCCCUUGUGAAUGGCGUCCCGUGGUCCAGCGAGGGUCCGAGGAGGAACAGUCACACAUUCAACUGCCGAAUGCUGGUCAACCCCCACAGCGAGAGCCAGGAUGAGCCGCACGAGCAUGAGCAGCAGAAAUACGAGACCAUGCAGUGUUUUGCCGUUUCAGAGCCCAAGUCCAUCAAGGAGGAAGGAGACGACUUUCAGUCAUGCUUGAUCUGUGUGGCUCGCAGGGUGCCCAUGAAGGAAAGACCCAUGCUUCCCACGCAUGAGAGCUUUACCACACGCCAGGACCUGCAAGGUAAGAUAACAUCCCUGGAUACCAGUCUCCUGAGGGCGUCCAUGAAGCCGGGCUGGGAGGAUCUGGUGAGGCGCUGCAUCCAGAGGUUCCACCUGCAGAAUGACGGAGAGAUGUCUUUUGCUAAGAGACAUCAGCAGGAAGUGCUCCGCCACGGCCAGGCAUUCAGCCCCAUCUACCGUUUCUCCCUCUCUGAUGGAACCAUCGUGUCAGCCCACACCAAGAGUAAACUGGUGCGCUCGCCCGCCACCAGUGAACCCCAGCUCUACAUGUCCCAGCACAUUCUUCAGAGGGAGCAGACAGUAUGUGGAAUGGGCCAGGACAUGGGUCCUGGCAGUCAGGCCACAGGGAUGGCUCCCAAACCCAUGAACUCCUCCACUCCCUCCAUGACUCCUCCAACCCCAGGCAGUUUGCCGGGUUCGGGGCCUCAAGGCCAAGACACUACCAUCAGCAGCAACAGUACGCCUUUUUCCCCUCCAGGCCCUGCUGGCCCCAGAGAGCCAGCAGCCAUGGGGGGCCAUAUGCAGGGCUACCGUUUUGGCUGUCCCCCACCACACAACCACACUGGGGGCAUGCAACCGCCACAGCAGGGCCCCAACUGGAGGAUGAACAGCCCCUCUCGCGCUAGCCCCAGCCCAGCUGGUGGGCCCCAUCCACCUCAACAGAACUCUAUGCUGUCACCCAGGCACAGAGGUAGUCCUGGGGGGGCAGGCAGCCCUCGUGUAACAGGCCUGCACUCACCCUCCCCAGUGGGGAUGUGUGGUGGAGGGCCUGGAGGUGCAGGUAGUAGUAGCACAACUAGCACCCAUGCUAACAGCUACACUAGCAGUUCUUUGUCAGCUCUGCAGGCCCUUAGCGAGUGCCACGGUGUAGGACACGGGCAUGGGCCCCCUCAUGCACACACACUGGGGUCUCCGGACAGAAAGAUAGGCUCCCCAGCUAGUGUCACACCAGGGUCAGGGGUAAACACUCACCUAAUGUCAAAACUUGGAGGAGGCAAUGGUGCUUGUGGUGGCACAGGAGACUCAUUUGGACCUCACACAGAGGUGGGUCAGGGCCCCCCCCGGGGCCAGACAGAGAGCAACCUAGCUGAGCCUAAGGAGGAGAGGGAAGGGCCCUCCGAGGGCCACGAUGCUCACAACCGCCUUCAUGACAACAAGGGCCACACCAAGCUACUGCAACUGCUCACCACCAAGCCAGAACCUCUGGAAACACCCCUGUCUCCUGGCGCAGGAGGUGAGGGCAAGGACCAGGCUGGUACAGGGAUCCGGGGUGGCCACAAUGGAGGGAACACUCAUGCCACAUCCCUUAAAGAAAAACACAAGAUCCUCCACCAACUGCUUCAGAACAGUACAUCCCCUGUGGACCUGGCUAAACUCACUGCAGAGGCCACAGGCAAAGAGCUGGGCCAAGACCAAACCCAGGGUGCUGGUAGUACAGCUUCUGGGGGAGAAAUUGCACCCAAGCAGGAGCCCUUGAGCCCUAAGAAGAAAGACAAUGCCCUACUACGCUACCUACUGGAUAAGGAUGAUACUGUACUGAAGGACAAGGUCCCUAAGCUGGAGCCUGGGGAAGUGAAGGUCGAAGGGGGCAAACACCCCCUUGUCAAGGCUGAGAAACAGGACGCAGGAUACGACCGGGCUGAACAGUCGUCAGAGCUGGAUGACAUCCUGAACGACCUGCAGAAUGCUCAGCCGCAGCUCUUCUGUGAGCCGCGGCCUGUUUCGCUGCCCAGUCCCAUGGACAAACAAAACAUCAUCAAUGACAUCCUGCAGAUGUCCGAGACCAAUCCUGGCAUGGCAGCGCAGCAGCAACACAGGGGCAUCGGGACUGGCAUGGGCCCAACGAACUUUGGAGGUGUCCGACCAGGCCAGCCAGGCAGGGGUCUGCCUGUGAGGAGCGUGUCUCUAGACAUGAAUGUGUCACCCCAGAAUCCCUCAUUACAAUACCCCAUAAGGGCCACCAGCCCGUACACUCUCAUACAGCAGCAACAGCAGCAAGGCAUGGUGGGAAGUCACGGCAUGAUGACUAACCAGGCCAGUAUGGUCAACACAGGACUAAUGGCUCCAGGUGGUCCACGGCCGGGCAUGCAGCAGCAGGAGGGCUGGGUGGGUUCCGCUUCUGCCCCUCCUCUGGGAGCGCCCGGUCCUGGGCAGCAAGGUGCCAUGCAGGGCAGGAUGGUGCCAAACAUUACUCCCAUGAGGCCCAACAGCCAACAAGGGCCCCGACAGAUGCUCCAAUCCCCAAUGAUGGCUAAUGCCCAACCUGAUAUGGAUAUUGGUAUGGCCGGCCACCAUUUCUCCCAACAACAGGCUCCACCCAACCAGACAGCCCCCUGGCCAGACAGCAUGAUGCCAAUUGAGCAGACAGCUUUUGUAAACCAGGCCAGGCCGGUGCACUCAGCUCCCCAGGAUGAUCUGCUGUGUAGUACAGGGCUCAGCUCUGGUGAUGGCAGUGGAGUAGACGAGGGCGCCCUAAUGUCCCAGCUGUACACUGCACUAAAAGAUUUUGAUGGCCUGGAGGAGAUUGAUCGUGCUCUGGGGAUCCCUGCUCUGGUAGAACAGAGCCAAUCACUGGACCCAGAACAGUUCCCCCAGGACCCCUCCAUGAUGUUAGACCAAAAGCCCCCCAUAUACACCCAGCAAUUUGGUCCCCCAACAUCCCACAUGGCCCAAAGGGGCUACCCUGGUGCCCCUAUGCAGGAGCAAGGCUUCCACCCAAUGCCUGGCCAGAUGGGUCCACGGCCAGGUUACCCCAUGAUGAGGAUGCAGGCCCGGCCUGGUCUCAGGCCGGCUGGUGUCGUCCCCAACCAGCCCAACACACUACGGCUGCAGCUCCAGCACCGGCUGCAGUCACAGCAGAACCGUCAGCCAAUGCUGACUCAGAUGAGCAGUGUGUCAAAUGUGAACCUACCUCUUAGAUCCAAUGCUCCAAACCAGGGGACCAUCAAUGCUCAGAUGUUGGCACAGCGUCAGCGGGAGCUGCUGAGUAAUCACCUGAGACAGAGGCAGCAGCAGGCCCAGCAGGUCCAGCAGCAAAGGAGCCUGGCCAUGAGGGCCCAGGGCCUCAACCUGCCUCCCAGCAUGGCCGGCGGAGGCAUGAGUAACCCCCGGAUCCCCCAGGCCAACCCCCAGCAGUUCCCAUACCCACCCAGCUACGGUACCAGUACAGGCCUGGCCUCGCCACCUCCCUCUACCAGCCCCUUCUCCUCCCCUCUCUCCCCCAGCCUGCCCUCUCUCCCUCCCAACCCCCAGCUCCACCUGCAUGGUACCUCCUCCUCUUCCUCCACCACCUCCUCACAGAUGAUGAUGGGAAACACAAACAUGAUGGGCGGACAAUACGGGGCCGUACUCAGCCCCCAAAUGCAGCACAGUGCCUUUCAGUUUCCCAACUCAGGUAUGAGCCAACAGGGAGACGGAGGCUUUGGAGGUCCCGGCACACCACAGAGCCCCCUGCUUUCUCCCCGCAUGGCCCACACUCAGUCCCCAAUGAUGCAGCAGGGCCAAGGAAACACUGCUUUCCAGGGCUCCCCUGACAUGAACGGCUGGCCACAGGGCAACAUGGGAGGCAACAGUAUGUUCUCACAGCAGCAGGCAUCGCCGCAGUUCACCCAGCAGAAUAACAGCAACAUGUACAACGGCAAUGGCAUGAACCUCAACAACGUCUCCAUGGCCACCAACAUGGCAACCAGCAGCAUGGGCCAGAUGGCCGGACAGAUGAGUGUCACGUCCAUGGCCUCAGGGCCCUCCCCCGGCUUGCCCUCCAUGGGGCAAGAACAGAAAUACUGUUGACCCUCAUGGAGGUCUGAACCUGAACCUCAGUGAUCAGCUGGUGCAAGGAGCACGUCGGCCCUUUAAAAAUUGUAUAAACAUGUAACCAUCCGACUGCCCUUUGAACCAGCCGAGGCCGUGCCCUGACCCAGUCUCCCCAGCCCAGGUUUGCCGUCCGUCCCGGCUGGGCCUCUUCAGCAGCCCCGGAGGAGCCCGGCCCCGAACGGACACAAGGAGUGUGUGAAGAGGGCUGGGGAAGGAUUGUGGAUCUCUGUCCAACAUGCCUAACCCUCCUGGAGGAGAGCCUUGAGAUGAGCCAGUCUGUCUGCCUGUCCAGCUGCAUUCACCGUUGUGUGACUUACUGUAGGCCUCCCGGAGGGGGACAUUGACCUAAGGGGGCAGCAGUGGGUGGGAUCUCUUGUUCUGAUGAAUGUAUUCCUCUCAGUGGACAGCGGCCAUUUACAAUCUCAUCUCAAAAAAAGACGUACACUGAUUUUUCUUUUGUGUCCUACCUUUCUCACACAUUUGUGACAUUUCCACAAAGACUCCAAGUUAUGUUCAAAUUUAUGGAUGGAGCUCAAACACUUAGCCGGAUUUGCCUUUUUGCUGUUCUUUAUUUUAUUAUUAUUUUAGUUGUUGUUGUUUUCUUGUUUUUGUUUUCUUGCUAAGAUGUAGAAAGAAGAUAUGGUUGAAAAAAACUGAUCUUGAACAACACUGCAGAAGAAUGGUUUGAGUGGAAUGGUGAUUUGUAUAAUUAGACUAAUUUAGUCAAGAGGUUUAUAUAGUGUAUUAAAUUAAGUUUUAUUUUUCUGUAUAGAUUCAUUUUAAUUAUUGUUGAUUCUUUAUCCUAGUAGCAACAAGAAAAAAAUAUUUCUAAAAGUGUAAAAGAGGCACUUUUUUAUAAUUUUAACAGUAAUGGUUGUAUUCUUUCUGAGAAGAUUCCUCUAUUAACCUGAAAAAUGGAUUAUACUUUGGUCCUGUAGUUUCAGAAGAAGAUGUCAAAAUCAUAUAUGGUUUUAAAAUGAAUUACAGAGAUUGUACAUAACAAUAAGUAAAACAUUUUCUUUCCUAUUUAUUUUAUUCCUUAGGGUUUGGUUCCCCCGUCUGGUAACAACUGCCUCUUGAGGCAGAGCAGGUUUUUUUUUUGUUUGUUUUUUUGUUUGUUUUUGGGAAGUGGAGUGGGAGCCUUCACGUUCUGAUGUUCUGGUACGAUGCAGACGGGUGGGGGUGGGAUAUAAGGGUUGUAAGGGGGGUGUGCUGUGUAUACAGUGUACAGAUUAUCGCUUGCUUCUCUGCCUUUAGCAUAGAACACCACAACAAAGAAGAAGAAAAAAAUUGACAACUUCAAUACAGCCAUACAAUAACUCAAAAAAAAAUUAACAGAAGUGUGCUUUCUAUGUUGUCUGGAGUGAAAAAUGCUUCAUUCAAGCUGCUAGGUGCAAACUGUUCUGGUGUGAUGUAAACAAGCAAUAAUGAUUACUUGAGACACUCUUGGGGUUUUAUUUGUGUUUUUCUUUUUGUAAUUUUUGUACAGUUUCCUGAAUAAAAAGGAUACCUUUUUGCUCCACGUUUGGAUGCAGUAUUAAACACAGUUUUUUAUUGCAGUUUGUACCAAGAAAGUCUACAUCCACACACAGCGUUCCUAUUAGAUUAUGCAGCAUUGGCUGAGGCCUGGAGAGGGAAGUAGUUUGUGGUCCCCUUGUUGACACACGCCCUCUCUGCCUCCAGCCAGUCGUCUAUAGCAGAGGUCAGAGUUAAGACUGCACGGUUCAUGAGACCUGCUCUGACAGACACUUAGCCAUAUUUUAUGACCUCAGGCAGUUAGUUCAACUACAAAGUGUUUAGUAAUGACGUGCUAUUCUUGUGCCCCAGUAGGGGUUUGGUUUGACCUUCACAAGAACUAAAGCAUGUCAUCUUCUCUAACCUCAAAAGUACACUUUCCUCAAAAAGCAAAACUUUUUAUAACUAUUUUAACCCAGGACAGACUUGGAGCAAGCCAAAUAAUCCUCACCUUUCAAUUGGAUUUGAAAUUCUACCAGCUUUUAUUUUCCUAGUGAGAGACGACCUGUUGGUUAGCAUGCUUUGAGGCCCACAGAAAACAAGAAAUUUAUGAUGUCACUAAACAGGGUCUAAUGUAGAUGUUGCAUCAAACAGGAAAGAAUCAUUCUGAAUGUAUUGUCAUGCUAAGGAUGUGACUGAUGGUGUUAUUGUCAACGUGGUGUUGUACAGUUACACUAUGCUCUUCUCAGCAUGUAGGUAGGAAUUUUCCCAUUGUUGCUUCUUUUUUUUCUUUUUCUUUUUUUUAAACUUAUGACGUUGUAAAUGAAAUUUGAAGCUGUAGCAAGUCAACUUUUGGACAAAGGAAAGUCUGCAUUAUUGUUUUGGUUGUCAUCAUUGCAGAUGUCCUGCAGUUGUUUUGCUGUAGGCCUACAGGAGAUCACACUUUUUUGUUUUGAUAAAUGCUGUUUUGAUUGUAUCAUACAGUCGUGCAGAAGAAGCCUUUUUGAGACAUUUUAAAGAAUGAUUCACAGCCCUUUGCAAAUUUCCAAAGAUUGUCAAGAUUUUGAAAAGAUACAAAGCCAUGUGGUAGCAAUGCAUUUUAUAGCAUUUAUAAUGAGGACAGGUGCAAAUAAAUGAUUUUGCCCCUUUACAAAUAUCCAGGCUUCGGACCCACUAAACAAAUAUUUUUUGUCUUUAACUUAUGGUUUUGAAGAACUUUAAAUGCCCUUUUGUAUUGUCUGCCAAUUUCUUAGAGCUAAGAUGCAACCUUGAAAUGCUAAAACCCCUAGCAUAAUGCCUUAGAUUUCGUCCGUUCUCGUUCUUGUACAAUACACCGCUGUCUGUAUAAAUUUGUAUAAUGACUUAUGUACAAUAUUGAAUGGGUGCACCAGUUGGUGGAGACUAGGUCAAGGUUAAACCUGUCCCUCAUCAUUGCUCUCUGUUCUGUGUUGGGUUGAAGACUCUGUUAUUUCAUUUCCCCCCCCCUCAGUGUUUGUAUGGAAAAGAUUAUACAUAGGGAUAUUGAAGCAAUAUGUAAUAUACUAUAUGGACUUUCUGAAGAAAGCCUAUUGUGUUUUCCCGAGAUUUUUUUUUCUGCAUUGUUCACAGGAAUCACACUGUAUACCCGCAUCCAUCUUUGUACCCCUAGUGUGUGUGUGUGUGUGUGUGUGUGUGUGUGUGUGCGCGCGCGUGUGUGUGAGCGUUUUAUGCAAAAUUAGAUAUUCAAGAGAACUUAAAAACCACAGUUAUGCAAGUUGUGAACUAAUAUGGCUUCGCUGAUGCUAUUUGCCUUGUAAAUAAAGAAUUAUGUUAUUGCAGUAUUUAA